AUGAGGGUACUCUGUCUGCACGGCAAAGGGACAAGUGGCGCCAUUUUCCGGUCCCAGACGUCAUCCUUCCGCGCUAAACUGCCAGACCCGGACAUCGAGUUCGACUUCAUCGAUGGGCCAUUUCCCUCAGACCCCGCCGCAGGCGUCGACCUCUUCUACGCGCCGCCCUACUUCUCUUUCUGGGAAGGCGACAGCGUCGAUAACGUGCGCGCCAGCUGCGCCUGGCUGAACGACUAUAUCGUCAAGAACGGGCCGUAUGAUGUCGCCCUGAUGUUCUCGCAGGGUUGCGUGCUGGGGUCUAGCGCGCUACUCCUCCACCAGGAAGAAACACCGCACCUGCCACCACCCUUCAAAGCCGCCGUGUUUGUGUGCGGCGGCCCGUCGUUGAAUGUCCUCUAUGACCUAGGCUUCCAUGUCUCGGCUGCGGCGCGCGAGCGCGAUACGGCGUCGCGGUCGGCGCUGUCGCUGCAGGCUGGGUCGUCGGCUGUGUUGACCCGGGGCGCGGAUCGCUGGACCGGCCUCAAGGCGCUGGACUCGGGGCUUUCGGAGGAGGAGUUACGUGCGGAGAUCUCCUGUCCUUCUCGUAUUACGGUUCCCACGGUCCAUGUUUACGGGUCGAAAGAUCCUCGUUAUGCUGCUGGUGUGCAUCUCUCGGCGAUUUGUGACCCUGCUACCUGUCGUACCUAUAACCAUGGCGGCGGACAUGAGAUUCCCCGGACGGAUGCUGUGAGUCAGUCUAUUGCGGCGCUGUUCCAGUGGGCUGCAGAAGAGGGGAGUGGCUCGAAUUAG